AUGGCCUUUGUUUGUAACUCAGUAUGCCGUCUCUGGAGGAGUAGAAUAUCACCAUCUAGAAUUUCUUGUCACGAUGUGAUAUCUAGCACGUCGUUGGAGCAGUGCUUGCUCCGAACAGUCUGGAGUGAUGCUCCAUCGACUGAGACAUUACCAGGAGAAAGGUUCUAUGAUUCAACUAUCGAGAAGUAUGCUCUCCAGGACAUCGAGGCGCUUUCUCUCCAGCAAAUGCUGGAGUUUGGCAGAGCUGCGCUUUUCAAUGAAUCCAAGAUCCUCACAAGCGCAAGACAUGCGCAGAGAGAGCUGCCGAAGCGUCUGGCACGGCGGCUAAUGGACCUGCAAUUUCUUCCAUACAUUGUUGUCACAAAUCCCCACAUCAAGCGGGUGUACGAUGCAUACUAUCACGCGUUCAACACACUCCGCAACAUGCCCCAGGUGCAAACGGCUGCAGAUAAUGACAAACUGACGCAAGUCUUGCAGCGGCUGGUUGAUGAGCAUGCCCCCAUGCUGGACGCUCUGGCAGCUGGGUUCCGUGAGUGCAAGAUGAAACCUAUCGUCGGCCCAAAGCUGCAGAUGGACAAUUUCUUGGACAGCAUGCUCCGCAGCCGCAUCAGUCGCCGUGUGAUGGCCGAGCAGCACAUUCACCUGGCCCUCAGGCGGCCAGGCUACAUCGGAAUCAUCUGCACUGACCUGUCCCUGCCCGACGCCAUCUCCUUUGCAGCCCAGCGAACAAAGCAGGUGUGCACAGAAACCUUUGGUGCAGCACCGGAGGUGCUGAUCAGCGGCACCAGCGCUCAGCUGGCAACGAUGCCCUACAUACCGACGCACCUGGACUACAUGCUGUACGAGCUGCUCAAGAACGCCAUGCGCGCUGUGGUUCUAUCACACAGGGGGCGGCCGCUGCCGGCGCUGACCGUGGCCAUCUGCAAGGCGCAGUCCUCUGUCACCCUGCGCAUCUCCGACCAGGGGGGAGGCAUUCCUGACGACCAGCUAGACAAGGUCUUCCAGUAUGGCUUCACCACUGUUGGUGCAGAGGAUGCCAGCAUGCCGGUGGAGGGUCAUUUUGUGCGGAUCUCAUGUGGCCUGCAGGAGAGUCAGAGUCAGGAGGGGAUCAACAUGUGGUCGCACAUGACGGAGAGGUCGGCCUCUCCUGGUGGCCCCUGGAGGAUGGGCGGCCUUGGCUUUGGCCUGCCACUCUCCCGCCUAUACGCCCGAUACUUUGGUGGGGACUUGCGACUGGUGUCUAUGCCAGGAUAUGGAACUGAUGCAUAUCUGAGCAUACAAGAUCUUGAAGGAGACUGGGAGGAGCAGCGGGUGGAGCCACAGAUAGCCACUGUGGGCAAUGAAUCCACUUUGCUGCCUUCAAGUUGA